AGCGCCCCCUCCACUCGACCGUUGCUUCUCCGUGGGGCAGCUGUAGAAGGUAGCGAGAGAUAAACUGACGCCUGGCAUAGGCGCCGUCGGUUGAGUUUCUUCAGCCCCAACAGCAUUCAACUAUACUUGGUUCGGUGUUUCUAAACCUUUGGAGUUGUCUCUUUUACCCUCGAAUCAUGCGCAAUCCUUGAAAUAGCUCCGAACCCGGCUUCCGAUAUCCCUCCCCUCAAACCCUUCGAACCAGCCCGAGACCGUUCCUGACGUAUGCGACAACCCGCGGCAAACAGCCCCUGCCAUACUUCAACACCUCCAAUCCAAACCCCCAGUCUUGCGCGCGAGCUUCAAUCACCCUCGGUACGCUCGUGAAUAAUAUGACGGAUGUUUCUAAAACACAUCGACCUCACGACCGCUCUCCGGCCUUCCUACCUACCGGAUGAAGUCUUGUUGUUCGUCCAGGACAACGUUGGGCUUUAUGAAGGAAAGUUCAAGCUGCCCCAACAGCAAAACGGCCAGGUGUACCUGACGUCCCACCGAAUCUGCUAUGUCGACAAGGACGAGCCGCGCAAGCACUCGGUUGCGCUGGACCUCAAAGACAUUGAUCGAUAUGAGUUCUACGCGGGGUUCUUGAAGUCUUCUGCGAAGAUUACCCUGAUCCCAAAGCCAAUAAAACGCUCGUCACUUCAGACUAGAGCCUCUGCGAUAUCUACUCCAGGGAGAAAUGGCGGCGCUGGGUCACCAGCUCGAGCCGAUGGACCUUACCGACCGCCACCCGAACCAGCGAGCGCAGCGACCUGGGUCUGUACCAUCUGCAGCUUUUCCAACCCGGUCCCAUCAAACUUCGAUCCCACGACGGCAAACAUACACACCCCGCUGCCGCCAUGUCUAGCUUGCGGCAUCAAGCCGACGUUGGCGCACGUCUUGAAGGCUUCCAUCUCGAAUGCGACGAGCCGCGCCCCUCCAGCAACCCCUUCGAGCCCAACAGUCAGCUCGCCCCUCGCGAUGCGCCCUCGAUCGACCUCCAACAGGCCCGACGACAACAAGGGACCUCCACCUCCCUGGCCAGCGGCCUCAAACAUCAACGGCGGUGCCCCACCGAAGCCAUCAGACCCGAGCGCGACCUUCCAGUGCCCUCGAUGCACGUUCUCAAAUCACCCAUCCCUACUGUCGUGCGAGAUGUGCGGGGCGCCCCUGAUAUCGCAAGACCUGCCCCAGGCAGUCGUUACGCAGGCGCAGACGCAAAGGACAGAGUCUCCAGGCCCAGUCCUCACAACGUCCUCGCCCGGUAAGGAUACGGCGGAAAACAUCAAAAUCUCCUUCCGCGGAGGCGGAGAAAAGAUAUUCUACGAGCGGCUCAAGGGGGCGUUGACGCAGCGCAAGUGGCUACUGCAGGGAGCGCCGCCCGUACCCAAGAGCAAUCGCACAAUAGACGACAACGGCGCCCUCGUGCGCGCACCCGCGGCGGUACCCGAGCGUCCCAAGGGCGUCGGUAUCGCGGGUCUGGAGCAGCGUGGGCUCGACAUGCGCAAGAACAACGAGGUGAUGAUUGGCAGCGCGUUCGAGGAUCUGGACGCCCUGAUGGCAUCCGCCAAGGAGAUUGUGGCCCUCGCGGAGAGGUUUGCGAGGCAGAACGGCGGGACGGGCGCUGAGGCCAACGCUCUACUUGCCGAGUCGGCCAGCCAGCUCGGUCUGGUGACGACAAAGGAUAUCGUAGGCGGGAGCAGCUCCGAGACGCUGUAUCUCUCCGAGUUGUCGAGAAACCUGGCAGAGUUCCUCACAGACGACGCCCGAGGCGUUUUGAAAAAAGCGGGCGGGAUCAUCAACUUGGUCGACUUGUGGGCCAUGUUCAACCGUGCCCGGGGCGGCGUCGAGCUCGUGAGCCCCAUGGACUUUGAAAAGGCAUCUCAAAUGUGGGAGUCACUCAAGCUGCCCGUCCGGCUGCGGAAGUUCAAGAGCGGUGUCCUGGUCGUCCAGAGUAGCGAUCGCACCGACGAGACCACUAUCAAGGCGCUGGUCUCCUGGCUGGACGACCUCCACGAGUUCCCGCCAGAGAAGGAGCUGGCAUGGGACUGGCGACAGUUCGGUCGCGGGGUGACGGCGCGGGAUGCCGCCGAGCGGUUCGGCUGGAGCAUCGGCGUCGCAGAAGAGGAGCUGGAGAUGGCUGAGGAAAGGGGCGUGAUCUGCCGCGAGGACGGCAUCGAGGGGCUCAAGUUUUGGAAGAAUUAUAUUGAUGUGGGCGAUGUGAAGCACCGCAGGCGCAGGAAGAAUCGCGAGGAGGAUGAGGUGAUGAAGGCGCUUAGAGAGAGCGGGCUGAUGUGAUUGCGAAGAUGCCGUCUUUUUGGAACACUGAAAACAUUGGAUAUAUACAUCUCGUGCUAGGCCUUCGCCGGCGCGAUUUGCAGAAGAUUACAGCGCAAUUACUAUUCUAC